UGUGACAAUGGGAGUCAUCCAGAUAUGCAUCAUCUGGCCCGAGUGUGCCUGAAAGACAGCAGCAGGACCCAGGCUUGUUGUUAUUUUAAAGGGACGGAAAAGUAGCAGCAGAGACACGAGGAUCAUCCUGCUGCUCUGAGAGGUCUAGUGAUGGGAGUGUUCAGCCGACAGAAGUUUUUCCAAGAGCUCGCUCAUGGCUGCCUUCUGCCCACAGCUCAGCAGGGCCUGGAGCAGGUAUGGCAGCUGCUGGUUAUCUGCCUGCUAUGUCGACUUAUCUGGAUGUUCGGUCUUCCUUCUUUUGUGAAACACCUGGUCACAGUGGCAGGAGGUUUCUACACGCUCUACCUGUUCUUUGAGCUGCACAUGAUCUGGGUGGUCCUUCUCAGCCUUCUCUGCUACCUCUUCCUCUUCCUGUGUCGCCAUUCUACCAUCCGAGGCACCUUUCUCUCCAUCACUGUGCUCAUUUACCUGCUCCUGGGGGAGCUACAUAUGAUGGAUACCACUAACUGGCACAAGAUGAGAGGUUCUCAGAUGGUGGUUGCAAUGAAAGCCAUUUCUUUGGCCUUUGAUUUGGAUAGAGGUGUUGUGACCAGUGUGCCCUCACCCAUUGAGUUCAUGGGUUAUAUCUACUUUGUGGGCACAGUCAUCUUUGGUCCCUGGAUCAGCUUCAACAGCUACAAAGAAGCUUUAGAAGGCCGUAAGCUGAGCCUUUCGUGGCUUUUAAAAGUGUCUGUUAGCUGGGUGAAGAGCCAGGUCUGCCUUGUUAUUUCCAACUGUGUGGCACCCUACCUCUUCCCUUAUUUCAUACCUGUUUAUGGAGACAAGCUGCUACGAAGCAAAAAGAGGAGGAAGAUCAGGGCUACACCAGCUAAGUGGCUACUGGCGUAUGAGAACACACUGUCUUUCCACUUUAGCAAUUAUUUUGUUGGCUAUUUGAGUGAAACUACCACUACUCUGGCUGGGGCAGGCUUCACCGAGGAGAAAGACAACCUCAAAUGGGAUAUGACCGUAUCCAAGCCGCUUAAUAUAGAGUUUCCUCGGUCAAUGGUGGAGGUGGUAACAUCGUGGAAUCUGCCCAUGUCUCGCUUUCUGCACACCUAUGUUUUUAAGAGUGUACUGAAAUUUGGGACAUUCUCUGCUAUAAUGGUAACAUAUACAGCCAGUGCCCUUUUGCAUGGUUUGAGUUUUCAUCUAGGUGCAGUCCUAAUAUCUUUGGGAUUCAUCACUUAUGUUGAGCAUGUGUUGCGGAAGAGGCUUGCAGCUAUUUUUAAUGCCUGUAUACUGUCAAAGAAAUGCCUGCCAAACUGCACUCACCAGAACAAAAAGGGGUUAUGGGUGUAUAUGAUAAACAUAGCAUUCAGUGCUUUGGCAAUACUGCACUUGACAUACCUCGGCUCAGUGUUCAACUCCAGUGUGGACUUUAUGGAGGAGGAUGAGGAUAAUAUCACCCAUCAUACCAUUCAGAAGUGGUCAGAGCUGAGCUGGAACAGCCACUGGGUCACAUUUGGAUGCUGGAUAUUAUACCGCCUUAUUCUCUAAUAAUAAGAAAUGAAGAAAGAGUGAAGGAAGUAAUAAUGAGAGAUGGAAAACUGGUUCUGCACUUCUGCACUGUGACUUUAUCCUGCAUCAGACCGAAGAGAACAGAAUCAUCCUGUAUACAACAACGAACCAACAUUCAGUGUUCAGGUUGCACCACAAGUUGGCUGGGUAAUCUAUUAUUCUAACCUGCUGGGGACUAGUUUUGAUAUCCAUGAAAUGAUAGCUCGCUCCUCAUUUCUUUUCUCUGCGUCGCUCCCUUUUUAUCUGAGCCGCAGUUAUCGAGCCCUCAUGUUGUGACAGCGGUUACCGAUGUCUCACUGUGAGUCACAAUCAAUACCUAUCAGCAUGGUGGAUAUUGGCCGCUUGUUUCUGUGGACACACGAUAAAGCCCAUUAUCUAGGUUUCAGCGUCGACUGCGGCAGAUGGCCUCAGUCGACGUUUCUCUUCCCUUUUUAUGUUAUAAAAUCGUUUCAGUUUAAAGGGUAGGGGUGGCAGUCAUCAAUGUCUUCUUAUAGUGAAUAAUUUCUAUGAAAUGACCUAAAUCAAUAGUGCAAUUGUAGAUCUCUCAGUAUUUUACAGCUUCCUCCAACUGUCUGUCCGUAGUACUCAGCCCUUUCUAAAAAAAAUAAAAUAAAAAAUGCUCAAAAGAA